GAGUUAGACCAGCGCUUGCGUGACAUUCAGGCCGAGUAUCUCGACUUCUUCGACGAUGACAGGGAUCAGGGCGUCUACACCGAUGCCGUCAAAGCCAUGAUCAAAGCCAAUGAGUGCCGUCUUAUAGUCGAUAUCAACGAUUUGCGGCGAAAGUUACCGCAAAGAGUCGUCCAAUUGUUGAACCAUUCGGUCGAAGAGAUCAUUGCUAUCCAACGGGCGCUCAAAGAGCACGUGUCCAACAAUAAUCCCGAUUACUCUAAACUAUACGCCGAGUUCUUCGUCGGCUUUGAGGGCAGUUUCGGCUCCAAACACGUGACGCCCCGAACGCUGUUGUCGCGUCAUUUGGGAUCCGUUGUGGCCGUUGAAGGUAUUGUCACGCGUUGUUCGUUGGUUCGGCCGAAAGUGGUUAAGUCUGUCCACUACUGUCCCGUCACGAAGAAGACAGUGGAGCGCAAGUACACGGAUCUGACCUCUUUCGAGGCGUUUCCCACGGGAUCUGCUUAUCCGACCAAAGAUGAAGACGGAAACCUAUUGGAGACUGAAUACGGACUCUCCGUAUACAAAGACCACCAGACGUUCACCAUUCAGGAGAUGCCUGAGAAGGCACCGGCCGGUCAACUGCCCCGCGCUGUGGACAUCAUUUGCGACAACGAUUUGAUUGAUUUAUGCAAACCCGGAGAUCGGGUUCAAGUGGUCGGAAGCUAUCGGUGUUUGCCAUCAAAACAGGGCUCGUAUACGAACGGCACGUUUCGCACAGUUAUGCUCUCAACGAAUGUGAAUCUAUUGUCGAAAGAGGUUUCCUCUGACAUAACUCCCGAAGACUUUAAUAAAUGCAAGAAAUUCAGUCGUCAGAGAGGCAAAGACGAUGUCUUUGAAAUACUGGCCCGUUCUCUGGCGCCGUCCAUCUAUGGUCACGACCACAUCAAGAAGGCGUUGCUUUGUAUGCUUUUAGGAGGUCUUGAGAAAGUGUUACCCAAUGGCACUCGACUUCGAGGUGAUAUAAACAUUCUCCUCAUUGGCGACCCCUCCGUAGCGAAGUCUCAGCUUUUGAGAUAUGUGUUGAACUGCGCGCCCAGAGCUGUGGCCACCACUGGUCGCGGAUCUUCUGGCGUUGGUUUGACGGCUGCCGUCACUACAGAUCCCGAAACUCGCGACCGGAGACUAGAGGCCGGAGCUAUGGUUUUGGCCGAUCGGGGAGUUGUCUGUAUCGAUGAGUUUGAUAAGAUGUCUGACAUCGACCGCACAGCCAUUCACGAGGUGAUGGAACAGGGAAGGGUCACCAUCACUAAGGCUGGCAUUCACGCCAAACUCAAUGCCCGCUGCUCUGUGUUGGCCGCCGCUAAUCCAGUCUACGGCAGAUACGAUCAAUACAAGACUCCGAUGGAAAACAUUGGACUCCAGGACUCGUUGUUGUCUCGAUUUGAUCUGCUUUUCAUAAUGUUAGACAAGAACGACACUCAGAUAGACAACGCCGUUGCCGAACACGUGGUUCGCAUUCACCGCUAUAGAGCUCCGGGAGAACAGGACGGCGAACCACUUCCAAUCAUGAGUAACGCCGACUUCCUGACCACCAAAGACUCGGAGACUUUGGACAGAGACGCCGACGCAGAGACUCCUAUCUAUGAGAAAUAUGAUGCCUUACUUCAUGGAAACCGAAACAAAUCCGAUAAGAUUGUGAGCAUUCAAUUCAUGAAGAAAUACAUUCACAUCGCGAAAGCCAUUAAACCUAAGCUAACGAAAGAGGCGUGCGAUCUGAUUGCCGAAGAGUACACUAAACUGCGCUCUCACGACAACGACAAGUCAGAUGAGGCCCGGACCCAACCCGUGACGGCCCGUUCUUUGGAAACAAUGAUCCGUUUGGCGACAGCGCACGCCAGGGCUCGACUCUCGAAGAAUGUUGAGGCACAGGACGCCAACUGUGCCGUCGAAUUGAUUCAUUUCGCUAUCUUUAAGACAGUGUUGAGUAAACCCAAGAAAAGGAAGAGAGAGGACGAAGAGGGCGGCGAUGAG